ACUUUCGUUUCUGUUAUCUUACUCGUGGCAUUUCGUAUUCCCGUAAGAGAAACAGAAAAUAGAACUGACAGUUUCAGAGAAGUUGACAGUUGGGUUGGGCGUGUAACUGUGUUCAUUUCAGCCAGAUGAUGUUGAAAUUGCAGAAAAUCAACUUACCAGCCCCUUAAGGGGGUUGGAAGGGAGGUGGAAAGGCUGCAGGUGUGGAUGGACAAGCCCAUGGAUAGAGCAGAUCAGCAUGACUACUUGAAACGUGACUCAGUUAUGUGUUCCAAUGGCCAACAAGAUCCAACAUCUAUCUUCCGUACUUUGAUAGAUGACAUCAAGAAUUUAGAUGAUGACAGGGUGCACUAUUUUGCAAAACUGGCAACCAUCAUUCCAAGUUUACAAGACAGCACACACUGUGAUGGCAUCGACAUCCCAGAAUAUUCGCAGUUCUGGACCCAAGUGUUGGACCUCCUUGUCAAACAGAAUGAAUGGCGGGGUGUGGAUCUUCUUAUCCAGCCAAGGAAUGGACCCUGGUCGCCACUUGACGGCCGAGCGGCCACCCUGCCAACAGCAGAUAUACGUAUAUCCACUAUGCUUGGGUCCAUGAGUGAUGUGGACUUGCAUGGCUUUGGUGUCCGACUUGCCAUCACUCUCUUGAAGAAGGGCACACCUCUUGAGAGUAUUGUAGAUGAAGACGAAGAACCGCUAAUGAUAGCGGCUGUCAGAUCAGCUACCAGAUCAGGUAAUCUGGACCUGAUGGAGUAUGUCCUGGAGAGGCAGCCGGACCUCAGCCUGCAGAUUGACCAGCCUGACAGUCGGGGGGACUCACCCCUCCACCUGUGUGUGAAGAGCCUGGCCAAGAGUGUCACCCACAGACGUGAUCUGCUCGGGCUGCUGCUGGGGCUGGGAUGCUGUGUCAGUGUCCGUGAUGGUCGAGGGAAGACUGCUGUGCAGUAUCUUGAUACUGAGGAUCCAUGUCAUCAACUACUGGAACAUGCAUCACGAUAUGCAGGUGAAGGUUUGAGGAGAAGAUUGGAUCGCCUGAAAGCCAUGGGAGACAGCUGUUUCAAGCAGGAUGAGUAUAGGGAGGCACUGAAGUGGUACAGAGAAGCCAUGGUCCUUGCUGAGAGUGUCACCAACCUUAAACUCGAUCUUGCACUUCUACACAGUUCUUGCUCAGCUGUCUAUGUUAACUUGGCUAUCAUGGAAGAUGAGGAUGAAGAAGGCAGUCCUUCAUCUUGCAGAGAAAUGGAAGAACUACACAGAAAAAAGACCCAGCUUUUAUCCUUGUUAUCUAAUCAUAAAAUACCAGUACAAUUGGAUUAUGAAGAUAAUUUGAGCCAAGGACAAGGUGAUGGACCAACCAGUACUUCUGCUGAUACAACUGUACAAUUAGAUUAUGAAGAUGACUUGAGCCAAGGACAUGGUGAUGGACCAACCAGUAGUUCUCCUGAUACAACUGUUUAGUUGGAUUAUGAAGAUUACUUGAGCCAAGGACAAGGUGAUGGACCAACCAAUGCUUCUCCUGAUAAAUCCAUACAAUUGGAUUAUGAAGAUGAUUUGAGCCAAGGACAAGGUGAUGGGCCAACUAAUACUUCUCCUGAUGCAACUGUACAGUUGGAUUAUGAAGAUGACUUGAGCCAAGGACAAGGUGAUGGACUAACCAAUACUUCUCCUGAUGCAACUGUACAGUUGGAAUAUGAAGAUGACUUGUGCCAAGGACAAGGUGAUGAACCAACCAGUAGUUCUGCUGAUACAUCAGGACAGUGUAAGGAUGAAAGAGCAAGCAGAGCAAGCAAGACAGAAGGUACUGAAAAGGUAGACAAUAAGAGUCUGUUCAAUGAAAACCUUGAUGAUAGAGCAAGCCAUACAGAAUUUGAAAACCCUGUGGAUGAAUCCAAAAAAGCUAUUUUCGACACAGCAGAGAGCAAAGUAUUUUUUAAGCAGGGACAGGUAAAAAAAGAACAAGAUGAUGAGGGUAGACGCAGUCUAGAUGUUAUCCCAGCCAUUAUACAUUCAAAUGUAAGUCAACUUGGCAAUGGUGGGACCAAUGACAAGCAGCCUGAGGUAUCUGGUGUUAAGUCCAAAAUAUAUCAGAAGAUUGAAAUUCCAGCCAAACCAGAAAAGAAAUACCCUUCUGGUAUCACAGAAGGUAAAAAGAUGCAAGCUGCCAGAAUAGCAAAGCCAGAGCACAAUCUCCAGAUGCUGUCAAAGACUGAAGAUGUUCCAAAGGAAGAUGGUGACAUUCCUGAGAUAUCUCAAGGUAAAUGCUCACUCAAUACAGCACCAGGAGUUCCUUCAGAAUUAGCUCCAAGACAACUGAUAGAUUGUACAGAAAAGGAAAUGACAGGCCCUAUAUCAGUGGAUGAAACUACUAAUGAAGAUACUGAGCACUCAAA